AUGGGCAACAUCCCAUUCACUUGUCCAGACUCCUAUGAAUACCCCUCUCCCUUACUUCGCACCACCUGUCAGAUUCGUGCAGCCAACUUGAUUUUCAUGUGGGCAUUUCCGAUAUUUUGUGUUUUUAGUGGAAUUCUGAUAUCUAUCGAUGACGAUGACGAGCAACAUAAAAAUAGAGAAAAUAGAUUUUCUUUCGGUAUAGUGGAAGAAAGUGGCAGUAAUAUUCUUGAAGGAAAUAAAGCAUUAGC